AUGCCAUCCGACAACGCCGACAAGGUCGUGCUGAUCACCGGCAUCAAUGGGUACAUCGCCUCCCAUAUAGGGCUGCAGCUCCUCCAGAGGGGGUACAGAGUUAGGGGCACGUCUCGGUCGUUGUCGGCCCGGGAUCAUCUCCUGGCUGGCGCCUUCAAGGGCUAUGAUUCGCAGUAUGAGCAUGUCGAGGUCAAGGAUAUUGUGGCGCCCGGUGCCUUCGACGAAGCCGUCAAGGGCGUCCAUGCGAUCCUGCACACCGCCUCUCCCGUCGACUUCACCCUGAAGACUGUGGACGAGUUCUUCGGCCCGGCCAUUGGGGGCAACCUAUCGAUUCUCGAGUCCGCCAAGAGUACCGCUGGACCGCAGCUGAAGGCGUUCGUGGUCACGUCGUCGAUCGCCGCCAUCGUCGACCGCUGGAGGCAGCCCCCCGACCACGCCUACACCGAGGCCGACUGGAACGAGGCGGGCGAGUCCGUGGCCCGGCGCGAGUUCACGGCCCCCGUCGCAUAUGGUGCGUCUAAGGCAGCCGCGGAACGUGCGGUGUGGAAGUGGGUGGAGGCCAACCAGCCCCUCUUCACCGUGGCGGCGGUCAACCCGGCCGUGGUGACGGGGCCGCCGGUGUCGUGGCCCGAGACGCCCGACAAGCUCAACACCACGCUGCUGCCCAUCUGGAACAUCUACAGCGGCAGCCAGGUGAUGCCGCCGCAGAUCGGCGGCGCUGGGUACGUCGACGUGCGCGACGUGGCGCGCAUGCACAUCUGGGCCAUGGAGCACCCGGAGCAGAGCAACGGCGAGCGCUACCUGCUGUCCAACGGCAAGGCGCCGCCCCAGGCCGCCGCCGACCUGCUGCGCGAGCGCUUCCCGGACCGCGACAUCAUCGUCGGCAACCCCGGCCAAGGCUACACCAAGGACUACUGGUUCGUCGAGGGCGAGUCGAGCAGCGUGUCCACCAAGGCGUACCGCGCGCUCGGGGUCAAGAGGCUCAUUCCGUACGAUCAGAGCGUCUUGGACACGGUCGAGGCCUUCGAGAAGCACUGGCCGGGUCUGGCCCAGAACUUUAAGCACAAGAACUAG